AUGGCUUCUGAAACUUCCAAAUGGCAACGUCCACCCACCGGUUGUGUUUUGUUUAAAGAUGGAAUAUAACCAAUGGAUAUAAGAUAAGGAUAUAUAGGAGAUUGUUAUUUUAUGAGUGCAAUUUCAGUUGUUGGAGAAUCAAGAAUUCAAGAUAUUUUUAUGUGGAAAAAUCCCGAAUUCAACAAGUAAGCAAUGGAAAACUGCGGAGCAUAUAUAGUUAAAUUUUAUAUAAAUCAACAAAUAGUGUAUAUUAUUGUUGAUGAUAUUUUACCUUAUGGAAGAAAUGGAAAACUUUUACUCGGACAAUCAGAAGACGAAAAAGAAUUGUGGCCUGCUAUUUUGGAAAAAGCGUAUGCUAAAUUAUAUGGAAAUUACGAAAAAAUAGAAGGAGGAAAAGUAAGUUAUGUACUCUAAGAAUUAACUGGAGGGCUUCCUGAUGAAAUUGUACUUGAGUAAUUCUAAGAUAAUAUAGAAACUUUUUGGUAAAGUCUAGUCGAUUAUAAAAAAUUAGGAUAUAUAAUGGGAUGUGGUAGUCCUGCACAUGAAUAAGGUGAUAAAGCCUAAAGCUACGAAGGAAUAGUAUUCGGUCAUGCUUAUUGUAUAAUUGAUGUUCGUGAUUUAGAUGGCAACAAGCUUUUAUGUAUCAGAAAUCCACAUGGAAACGGCGGUGCUGAAUGGACAGGUGAUUGGGGCGAUAAUUCUUAAAAAUGGAAUUCUCGUUUAAAAAAACUUGUCAAUGAUUAAUUUAAAGAAGACGGUAAAUUUUGGAUGAGCGUAAAUGAUUUUGUAUAUGAAUUUCGUGCACUUUAUUUAUGUAGAAUUUUCCAAGAUUCAAUAUGGAAGCAAAUAUUUAAUAUAAAAGCUGAAUGGAAAGAGGAAAAAGCUGCUGGAUUGCCAACUAAAAAAACGCCGAAAGCUUAAAUGUAAAAAAAUCCUCAUUACGGAAUUAAGGUGAAUAAAUAAUGCGAAGUUUUUAUUUCCUUGACUAUUGAAAAAUGUUAAGAUAGGCUUACUGGACUUUAUCCGAUUUAUUUUAUAGUUCAAAAAAAUGGAGGAAAAAGAGUUUCAAGAAUUUCUUCAGAAUUGCUAGUAGGAGGAUGCAAAGGACCGACUUAAUUAAAAAAUGCAACAGCUUCGGUCUUCUUAAAAGAAUUUUCAUAUCCAUAUACUUUUAGUUUAAUGUGCGCUACAAUGGAAGUUGGAGGGGAGUCAGGAUUUUCACUUUAAAUUUAUUGUACAGAUAAAACUGCGGUAGUUAUUGAUGAUUCGGAAUUCGAUGUGAAAUGA